UGGAUAAAAGUGUAACUAUGGAAAGAUGGAAACCAAAGGUGGGUCAAGGAGAGAACACAGAGAAUAUGGGGUGGAGGAAGCUCUGCAUUCUCGGAGCCAUCAAUCCAAAACGGAAUGACGCUGAGAGAUUUUCGGACCAUUUUCCCUCUCCUUUUUAUCUCUCUCCCUCCUCCCAUUUCCUCUUUGCAGAGGCAUUUGGCAAGGACCUUGGUUAUAUAGACACUCUUGUAAAGAGUGUUCAAUCCCGUCUGCCCUUUUCUACCCUAUCCACAUAUCCGCCAAAGUAAUACCGACACCAUGUCUUUCAAGCUAGAUGCCGAAGUCCUGGGGGAGAAGCCCAAUAUGGGCUCUCUGAAGAAGAGAGCCUCCUCCAAAUUCAGGUCUUCUUUGACAAAGAGGAGGAGAAGUAGUAAAGUAAUGUCGGUUGAUUUUGAUAUCGAGGAUGUGCAUGAUGCUGAGGAGUUGAAGGCUGUCGAUGCCUUUCGUCAGGCACUUAUUCUUGAUGAAUUACUCCCAGAUAAACAUGACGACUACCACAUGAUGCUCAGAUUUUUGAAGGCCAGAAAAUUUGACCUCGAGAAAACGAAACAAAUGUGGUCUGACAUGGUUAGAUGGAGGAAGGAAUUCGGGGCCGACUCUAUAGUGGAGGAUUUUGAUUUCAAGGAAAUUGAUGAAGUCUUGAAAUACUACCCACAAGGACACCAUGGAGUUGACAAAGAUGGACGGCCAGUGUACAUUGAGAGGCUAGGUCAAGUAGAUUCUACCAAGUUGAUGCAAGUCACAACCAUGGACAGAUAUGUAAAGUACCACGUGAUGGAGUUCGAGAGGACCUUUAACGUUAAGUUUCCAGCAUGCUCUAUUGCAGCAAAGAAGCACAUUGAUCAAAGCACAACCAUCCUCGAUGUGCAAGGAGUGGGACUUAAAAACUUCAACAAAGCUGCAAGGGAUUUGAUUACUCGUCUUCAAAAGGUUGAUGGCGACAACUAUCCCGAGACCUUGAACAGGAUGUUUAUCAUCAAUGCUGGCUCGGGAUUCAGAAUGUUGUGGAACACUGUUAAGUCCUUCCUUGACCCAAAAACCACAGCAAAGAUCAAUGUUCUUGGCAACAAAUACCAGAGCAAGUUGCUUGAAAUUAUUGAUGCUAGUGAGCUUCCCGAGUUUCUUGGAGGUAGUUGUACCUGUUCUGACAAAGGAGGCUGCAUGCGCUCUGACAAGGGUCCAUGGAAUGACCCAGAUAUCAUGAAGGGUGUUCAAAACGGUCAUCACAAAUGCUCAAAGAGAGUGCAAGCUGAAAAUGCUACAGAGAAGACCAUUUCCGAGGAUGAGAUCUUUCACUCCAAGGAAAACAAAUCUACAGCUGAACUUUCUCCGAAAGAGGAAAAGGUUUCAAGAGACAACAUAGAGCACCCACAAUCCUCUCCCGAUCAAAAUGGCCCAGUGUCUGCUUCAGGGUUUGAUAAGACUGUGGACUCAGUCUGGAACACUUCAGAUGGUCAGAAAUUUGAACUCUCAAAAGGAGAUGUCUGUGCCAUUCAGGAGGCUUGCAAGGGCACUACCGGAGAAGCAGGAUCUCCCAUUUUCAAUGGGGUCGUGGCUUUUGUGAUGGGUGUGGCCACCAUGAUUAGAGUGACCAGGAACAUUCCCAAGAAGCUAACAGAGGGCACCAUUUACUCGAGCCCUGUGUACUGUGAUGACGAAUCAAUGAACAAAAGUGCGAUGCAGUCGCAGAAAUUGGAUAUGCCGCCCAUCUCGGGAGAGGAGUUCAUGGCCGUGAUGAAAAGAAUGGCUGAGCUCGAGCAGAAAGUGACGUCUUUGAGCAUGCAGCCAACAGCCAUGCCACCGGAGAAGGAGGAAAUGCUGAAUGCUGCCAUUACCCGGGCUGAUGUCUUGGAGCAAGAGCUCGCCUCGACCAAGAAGGCUUUGGAGGAUUCUCUUAGCCAACAGGAGGAGCUCAUGGCAUAUAUCGAGAAGAAGAAGAAGAAAAAGAAGAAUAAGCUGUUCAUCUGGUGAGGAACAAAAGAAGAAAAAAGGAAAGCCAAAACGCCGGAGGAAAACCUAAUCAGUGAAAAUCAUUCCGUCAAACGAAUCCUUCUGUAAAAGCCAAACUCCUUGUGUUUUUUGUUCAAGAAAACGUCAAAAGAGACAAGUUUUGUUCUUGUGUAUGCAUGUUUUUAUUAGUGUUGAUGUGUGGGUCCAUGCUAAUCUAAUAUAAAUUAUGUUUCCUACCCA